UCAGUCCCUCAAAUGGAGUAUCACAAACUCGGUGAUAAGCCAUGCAGCUCUCACUUAUUCUUUGCCAUUCUUUUAGUCUUUGUUUUCAUAGCAUCAUUUGCAGAUGCUGCAAUUCAUUUCCAUCAAUUUGUUAUUGAAGCAAAACCAGUGAAGAGGCUGUGCAGAACUCAUAGUACAAUUACAGUGAACGGCCAAUUCCCAGGGCCGACAUUGGAAGUUCGAGAUGGUGAUACUCUGGUGAUCACUGCUAUAAAUAGAGCCAGAUACAAUGUCACUCUCCACUGGCAUGGAGUGCGACAGUUGCGAAAUCCGUGGGCCGAUGGACCCGAGUACGUGACACAGUGUCCUAUCCAACCGGGGAGGUCUUACACAUACCGGUUCACCAUCCAAAACCAGGAGGGGACUUUGUGGUGGCAUGCUCAUAGCAGAUGGCUUAGAGCCACAGUUUAUGGAGCUCUCAUCAUAUAUCCUAGGAUGGGUCGUCCGUACCCUUUCCUUAUGCCUAAGAAAGAAAUUCCUAUUCUUCUUGGAGAAUGGUGGGAUAGGAAUCCAAUGGAUGUGCUAAGGCUAGCACUUUUCACUGGAGCUGCUCCAAAUGUAUCAGAUGCAUUUACAAUUAAUGGUCAACCUGGGGAUCUAUAUAGAUGCUCUAGCAAAGAAACUGCUGUGUUUCCGGUGGAAGCGGGCGAGACGAUUCUUCUGAGGAUCAUCAAUUCUGCAUUGAAUCAAGAACUUUUCUUUGGACUGGCCAACCACAAACUAACUGUUGUUGCUGUUGAUGCUUCCUACACUAAGCCUUUCACAACAAAUGUCAUAAUGAUAGCUCCUGGCCAAACAACUGAUGUCCUGAUUACCGCUGAUCAGCAACCGGCUCGUUACUACAUGGCCGCGCAUGCCUACAACACCGCGAAUGCGCCCUUUGACAAUACCACCACAACAGCAAUCCUCGAAUAUAAAUCUGCUCCUUGCAGCGCCAAGAAAGGGCAGCCUUUGAAACCAAUCUUCCCUCAGCUACCAGGGUUCAACGACACUGCCACUGCAACUGCAUUCACUGCCCAGCUAAGGAGUCCUUACAAGGCUGAAGUUCCCAUGAAGAUCGAUGAGAGCUUGCUUUUCACUGUGGGAUUAGGACUAAUCAACUGCACAAACCCGAACAGCCCACGAUGCCAAGGCCCCAACGGAACUCGCUUUGCAGCCAGCAUUAACAAUGUCUCCUUUGUAUUUCCAAGAAGAAACUCCUUAAUGCAGGCAUACUACCAAGGUCAACCCGGUAUCUUCACCACGGACUUUCCUCCUGUUCCUCCCAUUCAAUUCGAUUAUACAGGUAACGUGAGCCGAGGUCUCUGGCAACCGGUAAAAGCAACAAAGCUCUUUAAACUAAGGUAUCGUUCCCAGGUACAAAUAGUGUUCCAGGAUACAAGUAUUGUCACAGUUGAAGAUCAUCCUAUGCAUCUUCACGGCUACGAGUUCUACGUUAUCGGAAGUGGUUUUGGUAACUUCAAUCCCAGAACUGAUCCGGCCAAAUUCAACCUAAUCGAUCCGCCCAGGAGAAACACCAUCGGAACACCUCCUGGUGGAUGGGUAGCCAUCCGGUUUGAGGCCGAUAAUCCAGGAAUCUGGCUGCUCCAUUGUCACAUAGACACUCAUCUCCCUUGGGGCUUGGCCAUGGCUUUCCUAGUUGAGAAUGGGGUUGGGGAAUUGCAGACAGUGCAGCCUCCACCACUCGAUCUGCCUCAGUGCUAAACAACGGAUAUUACACGCUCCGUCAUAGCCGUUUACUCGAGUCCGUAGAACUGUAUUACCCGGAUUUGGAUUCAAGGAUUUAAUAGCUUUGUUUGCAUAAAUGUUAUGUCUUGAGUUGAAGUAUUGCUAGGGAACUUAUUUGGCAUUAUCAAUAUAGUGUUACAGAAUUUACUAUUUAUUAAAAUAAAAGAUGAUAAAUUCUCAA